UAAAUAAGUUCCAUUUCCUUAUAACUAUGCGUGCAAAUGCUGCGGAAUUUAAUAAUGCCUGAUAUGCAAAACGUCAUAUGCAUUUAGCAAUUAAAUCGGUGAUUUUGCACGUCUAACGGUUGCAUAACCUCGUUGGCUUGAAGCAGAUUAGAAAAAUGGUGAGCUUUGAAGAAAAAAAAAAACUGAAGUUCAGGGUCGCUGCGUCCUCAACAGGAGACAAACAAAUCAAAAAUACAACUAGUUUAAUUCCAAAGCGUUGCGCUCAUGCGCCGCUAGAUGGCGCUAUAGACAACAUAAUGAGGGGCCCGCAGACUGAUCUGACGUGACGGCUUUGUGAAAUGGCGUCCUGGAGAGAUGGGGCUGAAGUUAUUUUCCUCGUCACCACUAGUCUGAAAUCAAUACACCGCUCCAGCGAGAGGUGUCGUUACGUCAGCGGGGAGAGAGUAACCGCGAGGGACUGAGCGGAGCCCCGAUUAGUUGACGGCUCAAAAGUUUUCCCGCCGUCAACAGUUUGACAGCUGCGUGAGUAACGGCCGUUUAUGCAGUAACUUCACUCACGACGAGUGACGUCGAUACGCCCGUUUUUUUUAAUUCACCGCCGGCGUCCCGGUCGCCCGGGGAUACGGACACUACAACCACAGCGACUACAACAGACAGGAGGAAGUACUUCGGUGGCCGCACGCCGAACGUUUUAUACGAGCUAUGUUUACGCCUCCCGUCGGUUCCCCGCCUCGCUGGCCCGAAACGGACGCAAAGCUUCACGGGAAAUGUAGUCGUGACGGCGGUUAUCUCUCUCGGUGGCGACGGCGGAGCGGCUGUCCGGCGAAAUACAUUUCCCAGAAGCCCCCGCGUUGUUGUUAGCGACCCCAUCUUGUCGUCUCCUCAUGAAUAUAUAGCAGCCAGCAUUAGCGUAGGAGGUCAGCCGACGUUCAUUUCAUAUUCCGGCGCUGUGUUUUCGGUUCAAACGGGACGCGCAGUCACGUCUCCGCCCCGGUCUGUCCCCGCGCGCCCAGCCUCUUCAGAGUGGAUUUAAUCUGUGAAAUGCUGAUUUUUUUUUUUUUUUACGGAGCGGGAGGGGGGAGCGGAGGAGACUCCGACGAGGAAAGGAAGCCGAGAAGUGAAUGACUACUAAUGGAACAAGUCGGCAACACCGCCCUGUUGGUGGACAUGUACCGCGGCGGGGACGCUUUUUACGGCUUUUAAAUGUAGAAGCAGGAGGUGUAACCAAGUGCGCACUUUUAUUUAUUUCGAGCGGGGGGACUUUUAAUUGGCAGCGAUGGAAAGCGGGCAGGCUGUCGCCGAGGACGGCGCGUCGGAUGGAGGCGCGACCAAGUUGAUGAAGAAGCCCAGCGGACUGUCCGUCGCCCGGGGGACUCCGGCGGAUGAUGGCGGUGGACACUCGACACCCUCCCGCGUCGAGGCGAAGAAGAACGGGAACAGCCUCCCCCGGUCCGCCUCUGCGAGUGCGUCAAACCGAGCCGUGGCGUCUAAUGGCCGGGGCUCGUCCAGCAACUCCAGCUCCCUCCUGUUGAGACGGCGGCGCUUGAAGAGGAACCUCUCCGCCGCAGCUGCGGCCACCGUCGCUGUCACCGCCGCCUGCGGCGCCAAGAUGAACUCGGCCCCGUCCUCUGCGUCUCUACACACCCGGAGCCUGGACAGGAAGACCCUGCUGAAGCACCGGCAGAACAUGCAGCUGCAGCCCGCGGACCGCGAGUGGGUGAGAGCGGAUCUCCACCGGGGCUCCGUGCACGUCCACGAGCGACUGACGCCGUCGUAUCCCCGGCCGGUUCUUUGCACGAUGGACACCACGGCCGGCGAGGUGGCGCUCCGACUGAGCGAACUCUGCAGCAAGUCGAGCUCCGUGGUGCGCAUUUUUUGUAAAGACAACCCCAAGACUGACCAAAAUGGCAACUGCAACGUGAAGUACGAGUACAACGAUAACCCGCGCGAGGUGAACGAGGACUCGAGUGUGAAACGCGACCACCACCAACUGGCCCCCCUGGAGUCCGCCGAACUACGGGGCCACCCGAGCGACCGGCUGAGGCUGCUGCUCGCGGAGGAUGCGGACGAGAGGCACGAGCAACAGGACGCGGAGGGGAAACUUUCCACCCCGGAGUCGGAGUCGCGGGACAACAUCGCCUGCUCGCUGUCCGAUCUGAACUCCAACUCGAACAUGGACACCCCCGACGGCGACGACUCGGAGCACAGGCGCUGCUCGGACAGCUACGGGUUGAACUCCGGCUCGGAUGUGGAGAGCAGCGCCUUCGACGACCUGAGCUCCGGGGGGGCCCGGCUCAGCGAGCACAGGGACUCCCUCAGCGACGACAUGGUGCUGGGCACGGAGGCGUCCAUCCUCAGCCCCUCGUUCGACAGCGCCGCGGAGGGCCACGACACGUACGGCAGCUCCUCGGACGAGCUGGACCUCGACGGCGGCGGCAGCAUGGAGCCCGUCGCCGCAGCCGCCAACUACAAACGGCGCGGCGUCGGGCAUUUGAGCAACGUGACGACCGGCGGGAGGCCAGAGGGCAGACUCGGCCCGCGCGGGCCGGGCAGCCUGCCGGCCAGCAGCAGCGCCGGCUCAUUGUCGACAGCCUGUUCUACAGGUAAUGCACCUGACGGCCAUGAGGACCCGGACUGUGGCGGCGGCGGGGGGCCGGACUCCAGCCCCAUGCUGUAUGUUCAGAUGCAUGGCGAGGCUGUGAGGAGGCUGAGCCCCGAGGAGAGGCCUCUGCACAUCCAGAACGACUUUCUCUUUAAACUCGGAUUUAAGGACCCGUGGAGAGUUCAAGAGGAAGGGCUGAACACGGAGAUUGGCUCCUUGUUACGCUUCUAUGCAGGGAAGCCCCAGAGCGUCGAGAGCUCCGAGCGGGUCCAGCUGUCGGGGACGUACAACGUCCGCAAGGGGAAGCUGCAGCUGCCGGUGAACCGCUGGACCAGACGGCAGGUCAUCCUGUGCGGCACCUGCCUCAUCGUCUCCUCCGUGAAGGAGAGCCAGACGGGCAAGAUGCACAUCCUGCCGCUCAUUGGAGGAAAAGUGGAGGAGGUGAAGAAGCACAACCACUGUUUGGCUUUCAGCUCGGCGGGGCCUCAGAGUCAAACCUACUACGUCAGCUUCGACAGCUUCACGGAGCGCCUGCGCUGGCACCGACACGCUGCCAAGAUGGUGUCCCAGAGGAUCAACUCGGUAGAUCUGUCCUGCUGCAGCCUGGAGCAGCUUCCCCCCAACCUCUUCUACAGCCUCGACCUCACCCACCUCAACCUCAAGCAUAACUUCCUGCCUGCGGACCAGCGGCUGCAGCAGCUGCAGAGAUUUUCUCGCCUGCGAAGCCUCAACCUGUCCAACAACCACAUCGGCCAGUUCCCCGUGGCCAUCUGUGACAUCCCCACGCUGACGGAGGUCAACCUCAGCUGCAACUACCUGACGUGUGUCCCGAGCUCCGUGGGCGCCAUGAGCAGCCUGCAGACGUUCCUGCUGGAUGGCAACAGUCUGGAGGAGCUGCCCGCGGAGCUGGGCUCCCUCCAGAGGCUCGGCUACCUGGGCCUCUCCUUCAACCAGUUCAGCCACGUGCCUCAGGUGCUGGAGCAGCUGGCCUCCAUGGAGAAGCUGUGCAUGGCUGGAAACAGCCUGGACACGCUCACCCUGCAGAACUUCCGGCUGCUCCGCGUCAAACACAUCGACCUGAGGUUGAACAGGAUCUCCAGCAUGGUGCCGGAUGAGCCCGACCUGCUGCGCCACGUGACCCAGCUGGACGUCAGGGACAACCGGCUGACGGAGCUGGACGCCUCCGUCUUCCCCAGACUGGAGGUGCUCCACUGCGAGAGGAACCGCAUCGUUUCCCUCAAGGCCAAGGGCGGCUUGCUCAAAGGCAUCUACGCCUCCAACAACGAGCUCCGGCAACUGGAUGUGAGUCCUGUGCCCUCCAAUCUUAGUUACAUGGACAUCUCCAGGAACCGCAUGGAGUCCUUGCCAGACUGGCUGUGGGAAGCAAAGAAACUGGAGGUUCUGGACAUGAGCCACAACCUCAUCACCGAGCUCCCGGCGCGGUUGUUUUGCAGCAACAGUCUGAGGAAGCUGAGUGCAGGACACAACCAGUUGCAGAGGCUUCCUGAAAGAGUGGAGCGCCCUCUGCUGGAGGUUUUGGACAUUCAGCACAAUCAACUGGUGGAGCUGCCCUACAACCUGUUCCUCAAAUCAGACAGCUUGCGGAGCGUCAACGCGUCGGCCAAUAAGCUGGAGCACCUGCCGCCGUCCAGCCUAUCAGAGGAGAGCCACAGCAUCCUGCAGGAACUCUACCUGACCAACAACCGGCUGACGGACAAGUGUGUCCCCAUGCUGACGGGCCACACACACCUCCGUGUGCUGCACAUGGCCUACAACCAUCUGCAGACCUUCCCGGCCAGUAAAAUGGCCAAGCUGGAGGAGCUGGAGGAGGUGGACCUGAGUGGAAACAUGCUGAAGACGGUGCCAACCACCAUCAUGAAUUGCCGGCGGAUGCACACACUCAUCGCCCACUCCAACGCCAUCGAGGUCUUCCCCGAGGUCAUGCAGCUGAUGGAGAUGAAAUGUGUGGAUCUGAGCUGCAAUGAGCUGAGUGACAUCACGCUGCCAGAGAACCUGCCCCCCAAGCUUCAGGAGCUGGACCUGACUGGAAACCCUCGUCUCAACCUGGACCACAAGACCCUCGAGCAGCUCAAUAAUAUCCGCUGCUUCCGCAUCGAUCCGCCUCCGACCUUCUCGUCCAGCGAGGCCUCUGGGGGCCCCGCUGUGUGGAGUCACGGGUACACGGAGGCCUCGGGCGUCAAGAACAAACUGUGCGUCGCGGCGCUGACGGUCAACAGUUUCUGCGGGAGUCGCGAGGCUCUGUACGGCGUGUUCGACGGCGACCGCAACGUGGAGGUGCCCUACCUGUUGCAGUGCACCAUGAACGACGUGUUGGCGGAGGAGCUGCACAAGACCAAGAGAGAGGAGGACUACAUGACCAACACCUUCCUCGUCAUGCAGAGGAAACUGGGAACCGCGGGGCAGAAACUGGGCGGCUCGGCGGUCCUGUGCCACCUCCGCCACGACCCCACCGACCCCGGCGGCUGCUUCACGCUCACGGCGGCCAACGUGGGCAAGUGCAAGGCCAUCCUGUGCCGCGACGGGAAGCCUCUGGCGCUGUCGCUGCUUCAGAACGUGGGCCUGGAGGAGGAAUACCGCCGGGUCCGGCAGCACCGGGCCAUCAUCACCGAGGACAACAAGGUGAACGGCGUGACGGACUCCACGCGGAUCAUGGGCUACUCCUUCCUCUACCCCUCCGUCAUCCCGUGUCCCUACGUGCAGACGGUCACGCUCACGCCCCGGGACGAGUUCUUCAUCCUGGGUAGCCGGGGCCUCUGGGACGCCGUGUCCCCCGCCGAGGCCGUGGAGGCGGUGCGGAACGUCCCCGACGGCCUGGCCGCCGCCAAGAAGCUGUGCACGCUGGCGCAGGGCUACGGCUGCACGGACAGCCUGAGCGCCGUCGUGGUGCAGCUCAGCGUGAGCGAGGACCGCUGCUCCUGCUGCUGCUCCGAGGCGCCGCAGCCGCCCGCCAGCCCCGGCUCGGGCCCCUACCCGCCGCCGUCGUCGUCCUCCGCCGCCGCCAAGGAGCGGCGCUCGGACGGCUCGCUCCCCGUGCCGCCUUCCUCCUGCAGCGAGAUCAGCAGCGAGAUCAGCACCAGCGAGAUGAGCAGCGAGGUGGGCUCCACGGCGUCGUCCGACGAGCCGCCGCAGAGCUCCCUGGUGCUGCCGCACGAGCAGGCCCACCACCCGCACCUCCACCCGCAGCCCCACCCGCUGUCCCCGCAGCAGCAGCAGCAGCAGCAGGCGCACGCCGCCACCCAGCCCUGCCAGUACCUGUUCCCGGGUGCAGAGCUGCCCUCUGCCCGCAGCUGCUGUGCCCUCCACCCCGCCUGCCUCGCCGGCUCCAUCCAGCGGCAGCUGUCCAGCGCCACCUUCUCCAGCGCCCUGUCCGACAACGGGCUGGACAGCGAGGACGAGGAGCCCAUCGCCGGGGUUUUCUCCAACGGCAGCCGAGUGGAAGUCGAGGCGGACGUCCACUGCCUCAAAGCAGAGUCCUCCUCCUCCUCUUCCUCCUCCUCUUCCUCGUCGCCCCAAACGUCAUUACCCUCCUCUUCCAGCCAGGAGCAAACCGCGCCGACUCUCCCGCCGCCCCCGCCGCCGGCGUGCACCCCGGAGCCCCCCCCGGAGGAAGGCCUCGACGUGAUCCCCGGGGAGGGCGACAACGGGCUGGAGAGAGACGAGUCCUGGCAGUCGCUCGGAGCAGGAGGCGCGGAUGGGGAGAAGUCGGCGGGCAAGAGGAGAGCCAACGGAUCGGUGGCGCUCCAGGAGAAGAGUCACAACCUGAUCGAGGUGGCGGCCGACGCCCCGUCCAAGAAGCCCGGGGGCUACUUCACCGCUCCGGCGCAGCCCGACCCCGACGACCAGUUCAUCAUCCCGCCGGAGCUGGAGGAGGAGGUGAAGGAGAUCAUGAAGCAGCAUCAGCAGAAGCAGCAGAAGCCGGCCGGCGCCGACCAGCCGACAGACUACUACGACACCCCUCUCUGAACACCUCCACCACCUCCUCCACCUCCUCACCUCCACCCCCCCCCCCUCACCCCCCCAGCUGCAGCGUGCACUGAAGCCGACGACCGUCGACCGAACCCGUUUAGAUUUUUCUCCGUACGUGGACACGACCGGACGAGCGUCCCGAAGAAGGCUGGAGAACGCACAUGAAGAAGAGUCGCGUCAAACGAAGAACCACACGCCGUCACGUGACCCACAGAAGAACCACACGCCGUCACGUGACCCUUAGAAGAACCACACGCCGUCACGUGACCCACAGAAGAACCACACGCCGUCACGUAACCCUCAGAAGAACCACACGCCGUCACGUGACCCACAGAAGAACCACGCGCCGUCACGUGACCCUCAGAAGAACCACACACCGUCACGUGACCCUCAGAAGAACCACACGCCGUCAUGUAACCCUCAGAAGAACCACACACCGUCACGUGACCCACAGAAGAACCACACGCCGUCAUGUAACCCUCAGAAGAACCACGCGCCGUCACGUGACCCUCAGAAGAACCACACGCCGUCACGUGACCCACAGAAGAACCACACGCCGUCACGUAACCCUCAGAAGAACCACACGCCGUCACGUGACCCUCAGAAGAACCACACGCCGUCACGUGACCCACAGAAGAACCACACGCCGUCACGUGACCCACCCACAAGCAAACGAGCCCUUUAAUGACCCUCCUCACUGACGGAGGAACCGUGUUUUUACAUUAGCCAACCAGCGGAGGGCAUCGACUCUCGUCUCUUUGCAAUAGCGUUAGCUCGCCACCACGCCGGUUCGGACGGCUCCGUGGUCCGUUUGCUUUGUUUUGUAAGAACUUACCAUAUCUUUAAAUGUGAAAGCAGUGAAGUUGCUGAAAGAACUUUUUUUUUUUAAACGGAGACUCGUAAUCUUUGUCCGCUCGGUGGACUCCGUCGCUCCGCCGUGACGCCGCCACACGUAGCCGCCGUAGGUCGGGCUCUUAAAUACUGUUUCAGUACAUCGUGGCUCUCCGCCUGUGAAAAUGGCAUAGAAUUUUUUUGUAGGAAUUUUAAAUACUAACUCCUAGGAGUUGCAUACUCUUUACGGUGACUCCGUCACUUUCUACUAAUCUUCUCUGAGAGAAAAGGUGAUUUUUGUUUUGUUUUUGUUUGUCAAUGAUUGUAAAUAAGAGAAAUAUUGUAUACGGAUGCUUUUAAAGGAACUACGUACCUGUGUCGGUGAAGGUUUUCAUGAAGGGGAGGAGGACGUGAGGUUCACCAAGAGUUUGCUGUUAUGCGGCUGUCACCCCCCCCCACCCCCACCCCCUUUAUCUUACAUCGUUGACCCACACACACACACACACACACACACACACGUAGAAAUGUAUUUGUGCAAUUACAGGUAACAAACCCUAACAUUCAUGCACUAUACCUGCCUCUAGUUGCCAUGGUUUGCUCCACGUUGUUUGAUUGUGAUGUCUUGUCGUCAUCACUGUCUCUAAUGAACACUAAUAAACGGAUCUUUGCAUGCACAGUUGCAUGCACGCACACACGCAUAAUACUAGUCCCGCCUCCCUCCUACAGUAACUUAUCACCGGCAUGACUGUCAAGUUCAGUAAGACAAACAAAUAUAUCCACAUGGAAAAGAGACAACACAGAUGUUCCUGUCUUUGGUAUAAUAAAUUUUAAAUUUGUGAAUAUAA